CCGCGUCUAAGUCAUCACCAUCUCGCUCCUCACAACUUAGGGUUUACUAUUUUCUCUCUCUAGAUAUUUUCAAUGGCCGAUGUUGAGUUUAGGUGUUUCGUCGGUGGGCUUGCAUGGGCCACCGAUGACAUUUCUUUGCAGAGGGCGUUCUCUCAGUAUGGUGACGUCGUCGAAUCGAAGAUCAUCAACGACCGUGAGACCGGUAGAUCAAGAGGGUUCGGAUUCGUUACCUUCAAGGAUGAGCAAUCGAUGAAGGAUGCUAUUGAGGGAAUGAACGGUCAGGAUCUUGAUGGCCGUAACAUCACCGUUAACGAAGCUCAGUCUCGUGGAAGUGGUGGUGGCGGUGGAGGUGGUCGCGGGGGCGGUGGCGGUGGAUAUAACCGUGGUGGAGGUGGUUAUGGAGGUGGUGGUGGUGGUUAUGGAGGUGGUGGCGGUGGAUAUGGAGGUGGUGGUGGUUAUGGAGGUCGUGGUGGUGGUGGACGUGGUGGGUAUGGGGGAUCUGAUGGAGGUCCUCGUUACUCCAGGGGAGGUGGUGGAUCUGAUUCAGAUUGGAGGAAUUAAUUAGGGUUUUGUUUAGUUUGGUUUGGGUGUUUUGUAUGAGUUUUGUGUGUUUCAUCAUGAACACAAUAUCUCAGAUCUAUCAUGGUUAUGUUUCAAUUUUGUACUGUUAAUUUUGACUCUGCUGGUUUGGUUUAAUGAAUGUUCUCUUAGUAGUCUGUCUGAUGAACAUAUAGCUUUGAUUUUAAUUGGAGUUUAUAGUUUGUUACAGUUUAUCAAUGAGAAUUUGUGGUUAGGGUUUAUCUUG